ACCACAGGAUAAUCGAUUAGAUGUAAUUUGACUGGAGUUUUGACUCUUGUUCAAAGUAAUAAUUGAACCCAAUUUGGUGGUUUAACUUUAGUAGGAGAUUGUGGAGGAACUUCUGUAAAAAAAAUAAAUUGUUGGUUAUUUUCUUUAUUUUUUAUUUUUUCUUCUUUUAUUUGGGGCAGUCAAAAUUCUUGAUAUUUGUGGGAAUUAGCAGGAAAUUUGGACUUUUUUUAGAUGGGUUUUCAGUGUUUGUGAUUGGGGCCCAGUGUCUGCUUCUUUUGGAAGGAUGAAAUGUGAAAGGGUCAGCAAUUCAACCAUGAAUUUAUGCCUUUUGAGCAUCACUGCAAUGAUGUGAUGGCCCUCUUCGAAAAAUCUAGGGUUUGGGCAUUGCAUUUAUUGCAGAACUUCCUCAAGUUCUUGGAUUAUAAAUUCUAUCCCUGGUGUAAAUUUAGUGGGUUUCUUUUGGGGCUUAAAUUCUACAUGAUUUUAUAGGGUUCUCUUUUUUUUUUAUCUUGGAUAGAUUUGUUGGGGUUUUAACAUCUAACUUUGAUUUCUCAGUCUCUAAAUUGGGGUCCCUCUGUUCUCUUGGAUUAAUUUGGUGGGGUUUCUUUGGUUUCUCAGCCGCUAAAUUUGGAGGCUCUCUUUCCUUUUAUUCUCUUCUUUUUAUUAUUGUUUUUCUGCGAAUGUGACUUACUGCCUCCACAAGGCUCCAAGGUGCCUCCUUUUCAUUGAAUUUUGGUGUGUUAGAGAUAGAUUUGCUAGGGGUUUGGAAUUAAAUUUGUGGCCAGAUAUAAAGGCUUUGCUUUGUUUUGGUGGGGGGUUUUAAUAUGAAUAAACUGGUUUGUCCGCUAUCUAUACUGAUAAAUUUGGAGUUGGGCUAUCCACGCUUCUAAGUUUGAAGGUCUCUUUCCUGUAAAUUGAGAAAAAGGUUUCUAUUUUUUUGGCUGCAUUUCAAUUAAGUCCAUGUUAUACUCAUCAAGCUUGAAAGGACCAUGUACUUCUGAAUGGUUGUUGGGGUCUUAGUUUAGACUUUAGAGUAUUUAUGAAUGAGGUACCUAAAAUUAGCUGAAGUUUGGUUACAGUAAAAAACCAGAAGGGGCUGAAAAAAACCCUAAACGUAACCUUUUUUUUUCUGGUGAGGUUAUAGUUUUUACCUUCUUUUGGCCGAUGAUGGUCUUAAAGAUUGUGAGCAAAGACAACUAACAUGAGAAAUAAGAGGAAAUGGAUGAGAGAGAAGUAUAUUGAGAUCAGAUUAAGAGUGAGAAAGAUAAUGCAGUGCUUGUGUUCAGGGGAGCAGUUAAUUGGUGAUGAAAUGCCUCAGUCUCCUGAAUCCCUUGCAACCAGAGAUUAUUCCGCGAGUGGUUAUUCUUCAAGGGUCGAGGAGGGAGAGCCGAGGGUGGAUAGGGGAAAUAUUGAAGAAGCUGAAUCUUCUCUCAGAGAAGGAAUUUGUCUUAAUUAUGAGGAAGCAAGGGCAUUAUUAGGGCGCCUUGAAUAUCAAAGAGGAAACAUAGAAGCAGCUCUUCAUGUGUUUGAAGGAAUAGAUGUUGGUGCAAUAGUCCCAAAAAUGAAGCUCUCCAUUGCAAGAAGAGUUGAACGCAGUAGGCGCCGUUCUCGCAGUGAUGUUACUCCUCCACCAAUGUCAAUGCAUGCUGUUAGUUUGCUUUUGGAAGCAAUCUUUCUUAAAGCAAAAUCAUUGCAGGAUCUCAAAAGGUUUAAGGAGGCUGCUGAAUCAUGCAAAGUUGUUUUGGAUACUGUUGAAUCUGCAUUACCCGAAGGCAUGCCUGAAAACUUUGGUGCUGAUUGUAAAUUGCAGGAGACCCUAAGCAAGGCUCUUGAGCUUCUUCCCGAGUUGUGGAAGCAAUUGGGUUUAUACCAAGAAGCCAUAUCUUCUUAUCGAAGGGCUCUCAUCAACCAUUGGAACCUUGAGCCUGAGCCAUUAGCAAAUAUCCAAAAGGAAUUUGCCAUUUUUCUCCUCUAUGGUGGAACUGAUGCAAGCCCUCCGAACCUUCGAUCACAAAUGGAAGCGUCCUUUAUUCCCAAGAACAACUUAGAGGAGGCAAUUUUACUCCUCCUCAUCCUCCUAAGGAAGUUCUCUCUCAAUAGAAUCAAAUGGGACCCAUCGAUUAUUGACCAUCUCACCUUUGCACUAUCCAUGUCUGGGGGCUUCUUGUCAUUAGCCAAUCAGAUAGAAGAAUUUCUUCCUGGUGUUUUACAGAGAGAAGAUAGGUGGUACACACUCUCUCUAUGUUACCUUGCUGAAGGACUUGAUGGGGUCUCUCUAAAUCUAUUGAAGAAGCUUUUGAGCUCUAGAGAGAGGCCGGAUUGUGUCAGAGCCUUAUUGUUGGCUUCAAAGAUAUGUGGAGAAGACAAAAAUUUGGCCCAAGAAGGCACAUAUUAUGCACAAAGGGUGCUGACUAGUUUAAAGAGAAAAUCUGUGGAGUGCCAAAUUUUGGAGAGUGUAGCAAAUUGCUUGAUGGGUGUCUCUUUAUCAACCCAAUCAAGGCAUGCUGAGUCUGAUUCCGAGAGGGUUACCAAGCAAAGUGAGGCACUUCAGGCAUUUGAGGCAGCUGAGAAGUUCACAGGUGAUAAUGAUAUAGAAAUCAUUUAUCGAAUUAGUUUAGAAAAUGCAGAGCAAAGAAGAUUAGAGGUUGCUCUUGAUUAUGCCAAAGGGCUCUUGAAAAUGGAAGGUGGGUCAAGCAUAAGAGGGUGGAUUCUUUUGGCUCGGGUUUUAUCGGCCCAAAAGAGGUUUUCAGACGCCGAGAUGGUUUUGGAUGCUGCUUUAGAGCAAACUGGGAAAUGGGAUCAUGGGAGGUUGUUAAAGACCAAGGCAAAGGUUCAGGUUGCCAAGAGUCAGUAUAAAAAUGCCAUUGAGACCUAUACUCGUCUUCUUGCUGUUCUCCAAGUUCGAAGCAAAUGCUUUGGAGUUGGCAAAAGGUUGCUAAAGGGUGAAGAUGAUGACCGAAGUUUGGAGAUGGAAACAUGGCAUGAUCUUGCUCAUGUUUAUAUGAGUAUGUCACAGUGGCGCGAUGCCGAGGUUUGUCUCUUAAAGUCGAAGGCGAUUAACCCUUGUUCCGCUUCAAGAUGGCAUGCAACAGGUGCACUUUACGAAGCAAAAGGGCAGAAUGCUGAAGCUUUGAAGGCCUUCUCCAAUGCUUUAGAGAUAGAACCCACCCAUGCCCCAAGCUUGGUUUCCAUGGCUGCUAUUCUUAGGCAAUCAGGGGGGAGGUCUUUAGCAGCUGCUCGUAGUUUCUUAUCAGAGGCUUUGAAGCAUGACACAACAGAUUUCUCGGCUUGGUUCAAUUUGGGUCUCGUUUAUAAAGAAGACAAAGGGUCCUUAAAUGAAGCUCUCGAGUGUUUUCAGGCUGCUGUGCUUUUGCAAGAGACUGCUCCGGUAGAGAGUUUUAGAUCAAAGUGAUGUAUCUAUGUGCCCUUUUGUUGUUUAUUCAAUCAUUUUAAUUAAUGGUAAGCCUUUUCUUCUGUUGGCUCA